AUGACGUUUGAGGAGGCUAAGCCAAUUCUUGCGGCCAUAAUGUCUGUUAAAGAUGGACGAGAAAUCCGUGGGCAAGAUGUCACUCAAGCUGACCUUUCAAACUAUAUUUCAUCUGUAAACUCUGCGAUAUCACCCUUCGACUUCGAAAUUCGGAGCACUAUCCAUCAGACAAGCCAUACUCGCUUUUAUGCUCUUGUCAACACCACGAGUGACCCGUUGAUCCAGCUAGCUACAACGUACACUGCCGAUGAAAUUGCUUAUGUCAAACGUCUUCUUGAUGCCAUGUUUGAGACGAAUAAUACGAUGCGUGAGGAAGUCAUGGUUGUAUCUGCGAUGAAAGCGGUGCAAUUGGCAAGAAUCCCGAAUAGCAGUAGCCGGCGGGAAUCCCAAGCUGCCACCCAGGGAGGAGUAGCCCAGCAACUAAGUAUGAGGGAAGCAGAAGAAAUGUUAAAACGGCUCAUUAAUGAGGGGUGGCUUGAAAAAACUCGGAAGGGCAAUUAUGGUCUGACACCGCGCGCGUUGAUGGAGCUACGGACCUGGCUUGUUGAGUCGUAUAAUGAUGCAGAUGAGGAGGAUUAUGAUGGAGGAUAUAGGCACAAGAAAAUAAAAACAUGCAAUGCUUGCAAAGAUCUGAUUACUGUGGGUCAAAGGUGUUCUCAACGGCAAUGUCCGGCACGUCUUCAUGAUAUGUGCACUAGGAACUUCUUUCGCCUGCAAAGAGGCGAAGUCUGCCCUCUUUGCAAAACCAAUUGGACGGGGGAUCAUUUCGUUGGCGAACGAGCCUUAGGAGACAAAGCAUCUCGAAAUAGAUCGGGGGUUGGCGUUUCACGACGCGUCUCUCAUCACACCUCGACUCAGCCUGACGAUGAGGAUUAG